AUGGCAAAAGCUCUCAGAAUGAAGCCCGAAGAAAUAUUUAAUGAAGGCAUGCAAUCAAUGAGGAUGAACUGCUAUCUCCAUGCCCUCAACCAGAUCAGUUUUGGUCACAAUUCAGUUCACCAUCAAGCUCUGUCCAUUCCUGAGUCAACCUUACAUCAUCCCCCACAAAACAAUAGUACGGAUUUUUCUCACCAGAUAUAUCAUCCGAACUCUGAUCAAAACACAUCUGAUCUUUCCUCCUAUGGAAAUACAUCAUUUUACUCAGACACUAAUAAUGAUGUGUAUCAGGUCUGGUCUGCUGGAGAGUCAUCCUUAAACCAACCCCUGAUUACUCCAGGGUCAGAGGUGCACCAUGGAUCCAACUACCAGGAGUCAGGGCCCCAGUUUUUACCAGGAUCAGUGUCCUACCAUCAAACUGGAUACAGUCCAAUGAAUUUUGAGGCUUCAAUUGGGCACCAACAAAUAAUGACUUCAGAUUCAUUUGGGCAAUAUCAUGCUGUGAAUGAACCCCAGCCACCUCUCACAGUUGGAGUAUCUGUUGGACAACCUGAAGCCAUUAAUCAGCAAUACCAACCCAUGAUUGUUCAAGCUUCUAUGGAAAACCAGCAAGUUGCCAUAAAUCAAACAUUUCAAGAGCAACAGCAACACAUGCAUCUACAUAGAGGCGGGGAGGGAGUUGAUCAUGGUACUCCACAGCCUGGCAAUAAACCCCGCUUAAACUGGACUCCCGAGCUGCAUGCCGAAUUUCUCAGUGCAAUCAGCCAACUAGGAGGAGUCUCCAAUGCCACCCCAAAAGCUAUCCUUAAGAAAAUGAAUGUGAGGGAAUUGACAACUGAGCACAUUAAGAGUCAUCUACAGAGGGUGAGAAUAUACAUGAAACGGUCUAUGUUAUCCGCACAAACUGCUGGUGGGAAAAGUUUCUUGGUGGCAGUGGUCCUCAACUCUGAGCGGGAUAAGGACACUAACAGCCUCCUUGAAUGA